AUGGCUCCAGAAGACGUUUAUUCUGCGCCUUACUAUCGCAGCAACGUCGACUGGUCCGUGGUGGAAGAAGAUGCUGCCCAAGAAGGGAUUGCUCGGGUAUUGCCCAUGGAGGAGCCAGACCCCAUUUUCGAUGGCGAUUAUGAGCCCACGACCGCCCCGGGCGACCCCCAUCAAAGCGCGGCAGAGGGCGUGGCGGGAUACGUGGGGGCCGUGGUUCCAGAACGGCCCCUAGAUUUAGAAGCCGAUAUCGAGGAGCCUGGGACGUCAAAGAAAAAAGAGGCAAGCGAAGAAGGCGUUCUUUUGGAUAUCGAUUUUGAGGAUCCCUUCGCCAACUUAUUUCUUGAUCGCGAGGAAAAGACGCACGAGAAGGAUCGACCCGGAGAUGAGGAAUUCGAGGACCUUGACAUCACCGGUGAUGGUGCUUGCCUCUACCGUGCUUUUUUCCUCGGCAUGCAGCUCCUGUCGGGAAUCCCGUCUGCUGUGCAAGAGCUGCGGGAGGACGUUUGUGAUGCUAUGCACAGCUGGACGGAUUCCCUCCCGCACGCGCGAUUCAACGAUUUGACGCAAUCGUUGGCCUGGAACGCCCGUCAAACUCAUUGUCGUGUGCCAGGGCUUGAAAUGCGGGAUGAUCCUGCUUGGGUGGAGACUUAUGGGGAUCAUUUCAGUUGGCAUGAGUAUUGGUCUUGGGCCAAGAAGCCCGGGACCUAUGGAACUUUCGCCAACAUUUCCUCCUUUUGCCGCCUGCGCAGCAUCUCCGUAGACGUUUACGCCCAACAAGCAGAUCGGAAAAUCUGCAUUUGGCAAAAAUGUACGAGUGCGGAUGGCCCAGAAGCCGGCCCCAUUCGCUUGUUGCGGGCCGGCAACCACUUUGAUUUGUUGGUCCCGGCUUAA